UAUUUCCGACCGCGUUGUCAGAGUAUGCUCCCUUGAGAUGGAGUUGGUUCAUAUGAUUUCCGAAUAAAUUGGAGGGAAGUCAAUUUCCGGAGGGGCAGGACGUCGAAGGACGGCGAUGGGCCUGGAAGCGGGCUAGGUGGGCUAUAUGAUCUUUCUGUCAUGUGUUCUCCGCAAUAGAAGAUCAGAGAGUCAUCAGUCAAUCACGAAAUCUCGUCAUGGCGGUGUUGAACUGGGAAACGCUUCCCUUUGCGCACCUGGGGCCCUCUGCUGCUGCUGGUAUCGUCUUUGGAGGCAUUCUUUCAAUCUACUUGUUUGCGCUAUCAAUAUAUCGAUUAUACUUCCACCCUCUCGCGAGGUUCCCAGGGCCGCUGUUUGCCCGACUCACUCCGAUCCCCGUAACAUGGAGUCUCCUCCGUGGACGUAUCCCAUUCUACGUGAAGGCGUGCCAUGACAAGUACGGUCCUGUCGUCCGCGUAUCUCCCAACGAACUGUGCUUCGACGACGAGUCGGCGUGGAAGGACAUCUAUGGAUCGCGUCCAGGGCACAAGAAUUUUCACAAGGAUCCGAUCCACGUCGGUUCUAUUGCAGCCGUGCAUGGCGCUUCUACGAUAACCAUGGCGAAUGACGCGGACCAUGCUCGACAAAGAAGGGCGUUAUCACACGCGUUUUCCACAAAGGCACUGCUCGAACAGGAAUACAUCGUUAUGAAUUACGUCAAUAUCUUCGCUCAGAAGAUGCAAGAGUUCGCAAGAGGGGACGGAAUCGUGGAUGUUACGGACUGGUUUGCCUACACGACAUUCGAUGUGAUUGGGGACAUGGCGCUCGGGGAGCCCUUUGGAUGCUUACACAACGAGGACUUCCGAUUUUGGGUCCCCCUAAUCAGCGAAUCCAUCAAAGCCGGCGCAAUCGAACAAGCAACACGCCGCAUGGCCACGACCGGAAGCCCCCUCCAACGCUUCCUCAUACGCUGCAUCCCCGAUCGUGUCCGCAAAACGCGCCAAAAGCACCUCGACUACAGCAAAGAAAAGAUCCUCAAGCGCAUGGAGCAAACGCAGAGCGACCACCGCGACUUCCUCUACUACGUCAUGAAGCAGCAAGACAAGGGCGACCUCAACCUAAACGAAGUCAUCGUCAACGGCGCGCUCUUCAUCAUCGCCGGCACAGAAACCACGGCGGGCUUCCUCACAGGGUUGUUCAACCUCAUCACCCGUCCAAACAACGCGCAUAUCCUCGAGAAACUGACGCACGAGAUCCGCUCGAGCUUCAAGAGCGAGACCGACAUGAACUUCGAAGCCCUCGUCAGGCUGCCCUACCUCACCGCCGUCAUCGAAGAAGGCCUGCGCAUGUUCCCCUCAGCCCCCAUCGGCUUCGUCCGCACAGUCCCCGCCGGCGGCGACACCGUGUCCGGCCACUUCGUCCCCGAAGGCACCACGGUCUCCGUAUGCAUGUGGGCGGCCACACACUCGGAGCGCAACUUCAGCGACCCCUACGUGUUCCGUCCCGAACGCUGGCUCGACCGCGAGAAAAACACCACCGACAAGCUUGGUGCUAGCAAUCCGUUCUCGCUCGGUCCAAGAGGCUGCAUCGGCAGGAACCUGAGCUAUAUGGAGAUGAGGCUGAUUAUCGGGAAGCUGCUGUGGCAUAACGAUGUCGAGAUGUAUGGGGAGAAUAGGGUGUGGGAUCCGAGGAGGGAGUAUGAGAAUAUGGUGGUGUAUAAUAAUUGGAUUAAGCCGAGUUUGAAGUUGAAGCUGACGCCGAGGAGGGAUUAG